CUCAUACUACCUCUUUUACACUACAGAACCAAUUGACUCAAAAUGAAGCGACUUAGAGCUGCAGCGAGUGUAAGGGACGCACUCACAGUGCGCAGCUCCAUUCCACGAUCCGCACGCGCCCUCUCGACAACUGUUCAACGCCCGGCUGCUUCAUCCUACUUCCCCUCCUACGCCGAUAUCCCAGCUUCACGACAAUUGCGAGUUGCUCCACGACUCAGUGCCUCAAUCCGCCAUGCCUCAUCAUCCUCUGCUGGUUCAGACCUUCGCAAAACUCCUCUGUAUGACCUUCAUGUUGCUCACGGUGGGAAGAUGGUCCCGUUCGGCGGUUUUCAUAUGCCAGUCCAAUACUCUUCCCUCUCUGUCGGCGAUUCGCACCACUUCACUCGCAGCCAUGCUUCGCUCUUUGAUGUCAGUCAUAUGGUUCAGCACAGAUUCUCUGGCCCGGGUGUGAAUGCUUUCUUAGAAAAAAUUACACCUGCGGGCAUUUCAGGGUUGGGGAUACACCAGAGUGGGUUGAGUACAUUGCUCUUGCCUGUUACCGGAGGGAUUGUAGAUGAUACGAUUCUCACAAGACUUGGGCCUGAAUUGUUCUACGUGGUCACGAAUGCAGGAUGUAGGGAGAAGGAUUUGAAAUACUUCGAGGCGCAAUUGGAGGAGUUUAAGAAUGGGGGCGGAGCAAAUGUGGAGUGGGAAGUGCUCGAGGAUUGGGGGUUGGUUGCCUUGCAGGGACCGUUGAGCGAGGAGGUCCUCUCCCAUAUCCUGGUAGAGCCCGAAGAGGUGAAGAUCAAAGAGCUAUUCUUUGGACAGUCGAAAUUCGUCAAGGUUAAGCUCCUAGGAGGAGAGACCUCGAGCCCCCUGCUGGUUAGUCGUGGAGGUUAUACCGGAGAAGAUGGCUUUGAGAUGUCGAUUCCACCAGCGGAGACUGUGGCUGUGACGGAAGCCUUGUUGCAAACUGCAACGCCAGCAAAGUUGCAGCUUGCAGGACUAGGAGCCAGAGACAGCUUGAGACUAGAGGCUGGCAUGUGUCUUUAUGGUCAUGAUCUGGAUGAAUCCAUCACACCGGGUGAAGGUGCUCUUUCCUGGGUCAUCGGCAAGGACAGAAGGACAGGCGGAGGAUUUCAUGGCUCAGACAUCAUCUUAAGUCAAUUGACACCAAAGAGCAAAGGUGGAAGCGGACUCGAUAGACGCCGAAUUGGCUUAGUGGUGGAGGGAGCACCAGCACGAGAAGGUGCUGAUAUUAUAGAUGAGAAAGGAGAGAAGAUCGGUAACAUCACAAGUGGAUGUCCAAGCCCAACUCUAGGGAAGAAUAUUGCUAUGGGAUACAUCAAGGAUGGAUACCACAAAUCUGGAACGAACGUGGAGGUUGUUGUUCGAGGCAAGAAACGCAAAGCUCAAGUUUCGAAAAUGCCUUUCGUUCCAAGCAAAUAUUGGAAGGGAGCUGCUCCUGCUUAACCGGGCUGCACGAAAGAUACCCUUUAUUAAAGUAAUAAGAGUUGUGCUUUUUGUUAGUUUUGUGAUAUCGAUGUUCGGAAAUGUAAUUGGGGAUUGAAAAAGUUCAACAUUCGGGAGGCAAAGUUCUAUUUGCGUGGAGGAGAUUUGUUUAACACAUGCUUCAAUGUGGAGAAGAGGAUUUAGAGGAGGUAAUUGUCCGAAAUAUUCCACAAGUCGAGACACUCCAAAAUUAGUCUGAGUUACAAGAACUCACUAGACGAUUUGUCUCAACGAUAAGCCGGGAAAUCAAAAGUUUAGGUUAGCUGGGAUAGACUUGAACAUUAUCCGCAUUCUCUU